CCUCUCUCUCAUCUAAAUCAUGGCCGGCGCACUCCAGAAUGCAAAGCGCGACCUUCCGAAGAUCCGUGACGAGGACCGCGAGUCUAGGUUUGGCCAGGUCUUUGGCGUCUCUGGACCCGUCGUCAUUGCCGAGAACAUGACUGGUUCCGCUAUGUAUGAGCUCGUUCGUGUCGGCCACGACGAGCUUGUCGGAGAGGUGAUCCGUAUCGAUGCAGAUAAGGCUACUAUCCAAGUCUAUGAAGAGACUUCAGGCGUCACUGUCGGCGACCCCGUACUCCGCACAGGAAAACCCCUGAGUGUUGAACUCGGACCUGGGCUCAUGGGGAACAUUGUCGAUGGCAUUCAACGUCCACUUCGUUCUAUUCAACAACUAUCUAACUCGAUUUAUAUACCUCGCGGCAUCAACACGGAUGCACUUGAUCGUUCCAUUCAAUGGGACUUUACUCCAACCAACCUCAAGGUUGGGGACCACGUCUCGGGCGGAGACAUCUUCGGAACAGUUUAUGAGAACUCUUUGGUUAAUGCCCACAAGGUUAUGCUUUCGCCACGGGCUCUUGGCUCUAUCACCCGUAUCGCCGAGAAAGGCAGCUAUGCAGUCGAUGACGUGGUACUUGAGACAGAGUUUGAAGGCAAGAAAACGGAGCAUACAAUGAUGCAACUAUGGCCUGUUCGUGCUCCGCGACCUGUGGCGCAGAAACUCACGGCGGACUAUCCUUUGUUGACCGGCCAGAGAAUAUUGGAUGCACUUUUCCCAUGUGUCCAAGGCGGGACUACCGCGAUUCCUGGUGCCUUCGGUUGUGGAAAGACAGUUAUCUCUCAAGCUUUGUCGAAAUUCUCCAAUAGCGACAUUAUCAUCUACGUUGGGUGCGGUGAACGAGGCAACGAAAUGGCUGAAGUGCUUAUGGAGUUCCCGGAACUUACUCUAGAGGUUGGUGACCGCCAAGAACCCAUCAUGAAACGGACCACUCUCGUGGCGAAUACGUCAAACAUGCCCGUCGCUGCGCGUGAAGCUUCCAUUUAUACUGGUAUUACGUUAGCAGAGUAUUUCCGUGAUCAGGGCAGCAACGUGUCGAUGAUGGCGGAUUCAACAUCGCGAUGGGCUGAAGCGCUUCGUGAAAUUUCCGGUCGUUUGGCAGAGAUGCCUGCAGACUCUGGUUACCCAGCAUAUCUUGGAACCAAACUUGCAAGUUUCUAUGAACGUGCUGGAAAGGUGACUUGUCUCGGCAACCCGCAGAGGAACGGUACUGUUUCAAUUGUUGGCGCUGUUUCACCUCCUGGUGGUGAUUUCUCUGACCCAGUUACAUCCUCGACGCUUGGUAUCGUCCAGGUCUUCUGGGGGUUAGAUAAGAAACUUGCCCAACGGAAGCACUUCCCUUCAGUAAACUGGAAUCAAUCAUACUCGAAAUAUCUGAAUAUCCUUGAGAAACAUUACGAGUCAACUGAACCUGGCUUCGUCGAGCUUCGGUCUAAGACGAAGGAGAUUCUGCAGAAAGAAGAAGAUCUUGCCGAAAUUGUCCAGUUAGUAGGGAAGAGUGCACUGAGCGAGAACGACAAGAUCACCCUAGAGGUGGCGCGUAUGUUGAAAGAUGACUUUUUGCAGCAGAACGGGAUGAGCGAGUAUGACCGUUAUUGUCCUUUCUACAAGACGAGCGGAAUGCUUCGCAAUUUUGUUGCGUACCACGAUUCUGCGAUCAAAGCUGUUUCACAGGGCGAUGUGACAUUUGCGAAAAUCAAAGACACCACGAGUGACUUGAUGUUCAAGCUUUCUCAGAUGAAGUUCGAGAGUCCAUCGCAAGGCAAGGAGCCGAUCAAGUCAAAACUUGACUCACUGUACAGCGAGAUUCAGGAGAAGUUCCGUCAGCUAGGAGAGUAGUACUGCGUAGAGACAGUAACAAGCCGGGACCACUAGUGUAUAUAAAUGGCUUUUGUUAAUAAUUUAUGUG